AUGGCCCCCAAGUCUAAGAAAGGAUCGGACAAUGUCAACUCCAAGCUCGCCUUGGUGAUGAAGUCCGGUAAAGUCACCCUGGGUGCUACUUCUUGCAUGAAGACUUUGCGCUCUGGUAAGGCUAAGUUGGUCAUUAUCGCUGCCAACACUCCUCCUCUGCGCAAGAGUGAGCUUGAGUACUACGCCAUGCUGGCCAAGACUCCCGUCCACCACUUCUCGGGUAACAACAUUGAGCUGGGCACUGCCUGUGGUAAGCUCUUCCGUUGCUCGACCAUGGCUAUCCUUGAUGCUGGUGAUUCGGAUAUUCUUACUGGCACCCAGUAA